CAUGGAGGAAAAGAGUAUGUAGAGUACACUUAAUUUUCUCAAAUCGCCCUCAGUUUCAAGGCUUUUCGUUUGGAAAUUAAACCUGAGGGGAAAAAAUUGACAAAAAAAGCCUUUAGUGUGGAAAAUCGGUCGCCUUUUAACGGACCCGGGAAUCGAGAGACACACAGAAGCUGCGAGAAGCAUUUAUGACAGGAUCUGGCUUAUGCCUGGUGAGAAAGCAGUGAAGAGAGGCGAGUCUGGCUGAGUGGAGCCAGUAGAGAGAGAUGGGAGCCAACACCAGCCAGGUCAGUGACCUGUCCGACAAUCCCAGCCUCAAGGCCCUGGUGGGCACCGACUCCAUAUCGGAGAAUGACCCUUUCUGGAACCAGCUCAUCUCCUUCACCUUCAUCAGUCCCACCAGCAGUGGAGACUCCAAGUUACUGGAAGAGGCUGUCAUCCCCCUCGCCAAGAUCUUCAUUGAAAACAAUCCCAGAUCGGGGAACUUUGGCGCUCUCGUCAGAGUUUUCCUCGGAAGAACCAAAGAGCUGAAAAUCUCCACGGAAUGCCAAGAUCAGCUGUUUAUCUGGCAGGCCCACAAUGCAUUGUUCAUGAUUCGCUGCCUGCUCAAGGUGUUCAUCAGGGAGAUGAGUGAAGAAGAGCUGCACUUGCAGUUCUCCUACCAGGAGAGGGCGCUAGGCUCCUGUGGAGAAGCCGGCCGUGAGGACCUCCUGGAGGAGCUGCUGUCCAACCUCAUCCACCUGAUUGUAGAAGUGCCCCUGCUGGACAUCACCUAUAGCAUCCUAUUUGAAGCAGUGACCACGCUGCUGGUGUUCUUCUCCUACCAACUCUUCCACAAAGACAUCCUCCGAGAUGGAUUAAUCUACCAGCACAUCAUGAAGGGGCGAUGCUUGUCUUUGACGAGCCGCAUGGUGAAGACCCUGCUCUACAACUUCAUCAGGCAGGAGAAGUGUCCGCCUCCGGCGACCCACAUCUUUGAGCCCAAAGCGGAAGGAGGCCUGCUUUACGGCCUGGCGUCAGGGGUGGCAAGUGGGCUGUGGAGCGUCUUCACUUUAGGUGGAGCUGGCGGCAAAGUCGGGGUCGACCAGGAGCACAACCCCUUACCUCUGUCCAAUCAGAGCCUUCUGUUACUGCUGGUCCUCGCCAAUCUGACAGAUGGGCCCGACUGGCCCAACCCCUACCGGCAGGCUAUCAUUUGUUUCAGAAACACGCAAGACACGUCGUCGCUGUCCGUGGAGCAGCCUCACACUUUCCAGAUCAAUUUCAACAGUCUGUACACGGCGCUGUGCGAGCAGCAGCGCUCCGACCAGGCCACGCUGCUGCUGUACACCCUCCUCCACCAGAACGCCAACAUGAGGACGUACAUGCUCUCCAGAACCGACAUGGACAAUCUGGUGUUACCCAUCCUCGAGAUCCUUUACCACGUGGAGGACCGAAAUUCUCAUCACGUCUACAUGGCCCUCAUCAUCCUUCUCAUCCUCACGGAGGACGACGCCUUCAACCGCUCCGUCCACGAGGUGGUGCUGAAGAGCGUCCCGUGGUACUCGGAGAGAACGUUGACGGAGAUCUCGCUGGGCAGCCUGCUCAUCCUGGUGGUCAUCCGCACCAUCCAGUUCAACAUGACCCGGACGCGGGAUAAGUACCUCCACACCAACUGUCUUGCUGCGCUCGCCAACAUGUCGGCCCAGUUCCGUUGCCUCCACCAGUACGCUGCCCAGCGCAUCAUCAGUUUGUUUGCUUUGCUUUCCAAAAAGCACAACAAGGUUUUGGAGCAGGCGACCCAGUCUCUGAGAGGCCGACAGGGGGACAACGCGGCGGUGCCCGACUACGCCCAGGACCUGAAUGUGAUUGAGGAGGUGAUCCGCAUGAUGCUGGAAAUCAUCAACUCGUGCCUGUGCAGCUCUCUCCACCACAACCCCAACCUGGUGUAUGCGCUGCUCUACAAGAGGGAGCUCUUCGAGCAAUUCAGGACCCACCCGUCCUUCCAGGACAUCAUGCAGAACCUGGACACGGUAAUCCGCUUCUUCAGUCGGCGUCUGGAGCAGGCUGGAAGUGACCUGUCCGUCGAGAGGGUCCAGGAGGUCAUCAUGAAAGGAGCCCAGGCCCUGCCCACAGACAGGCUGACGAAGUUUCCGGAGCUCAAGUUUAGGUACGUGGAGGAAGACCAGCCGGAGGAUUUCUUCAUCCCUUACGUCUGGUCCCUGGUCUUCAACUCUGGAGUCGGCCUCCACUGGAGCCCGCAUGGCAUCGAGCUGUUCAGCAUGGACUCCGGCUGAAGCACCUGCUGCCGCAGGCACGUGUGUGUGUGUGUGUGUGUGUGUGUGUGUGUGUGUGUGUGUGUCUCUUCAUCCCCGUUCACUAUACGAAACAAAAAAAGGACUGGCGGCAUAUGUGUGUGUGUGUGUGUGUGUGUGUGUAUCUUCAUCCCCGUUCACUAUACGAAACAAAAAAAGGACUGGCGGCAUAUGUGUGUGUGUGAGAGUGUGUGUUUGUGUGUGCGUGUGCGCAUUGCCCUUUAUAGUAUGUGCACGCUGCUUUCAAAGUGCCUCGACCUUGUACAGACUGGUAUUUCUUUUUCCCGCACAACCCUUUCUUCUCUUUCUUGGAUCAUAAAAUAUCCUCCGCUCCAACGCCGCGACGCUUCCGCCCGUGCCGGUACACAUUUCCCUCGGUUUUCCCGAUUACCCGUUUAACACCUGAGCGGCUUCACCUGGUUCCACCCCACAUGCCGAGCGACACGUCUUCCGUCAAGUGUCCCGUUGUCGUUGCUCGAGACGCCGGCGAUGGAUAAUCCUGUUUGUUUUUCUUUCUUGCUUCCAAGGAAAAGGUCAAUUAAAACACAUCGUGUUCCACCGCUCUGGUUAAUUUACUGCGGCGCUGAAUGCUAAGGAAUAGUAUCAACUUCAUAUUCAAGACGCACAGCAUACAUUAAGGAAUAACUUAUCUUUUAAGUGUCUCAUAGAGUAGUGUUUUAUUUUUGACCAAACGUUGUUCGAUAUAUUAUAUAAUAUAUUAUUAUAUAUAUAUAUUAUUAAAUAUAUAUUAUAUUAUUAUAUAUAUAUUACAUUAUUAUAUAUAUUAUAUUAUAUUAUUAUAUAUAUUAUAUAUUAUAUUAUUUUAUAUAUUUUUAUAUAUAUAUUAUUAUAUAUAUAAAUAAUAUAAUAUAUUAUAUAUAUAUAUAUUAUUAUAUAUUAUAUAAUACAAAAUAUUUGGGUUUGUGAAAUAACAUUUUAAAAAUGGGUCUGAAAAGAGAGAACGUGAUCCCCUUUAGAAAGUCCUCUUGUUUUGUCACAUGCAUGGAUUUCAUAUUUCAGAACAAUACUGUGGCUUGAUGGCCACCUCCAAUACCCCACAUUGAAUUCCACUAUAAUUAAUGCUGAAGUUCAGUCCCUAGAUGUUAUUAGUUGUUCAUGUGAAAUAAUUUCUACUUCCAUCCCCCGGUUUGUUGUUAUCGUUUCCUUUUUUCCUCCUGAUGCUAACGAAGGGCAAGUCAUUUGACACUUUAUGUGCAUGUUUAAGGAGAGACUUUGUAUUACAUUAUUUAUUUUCAUGUAUAUUGUUUUGUUUUUUACAUAUUCAGCUCUCCCAAAAUGUAAAUGGUAGUAGUCCUAAAGAUGUUACUACGAUGAAUGAAAAACGGUGGUAGUAUACUUUGAUUCUUCCCAGGGCAAAAACUGGCUUUAUAUUAUUGCAUAUAAUAUGACCCUAGCUGUCAUUUUGUGGAAAAUAUUACUUUGGAAAUAGGAGUUUAAAUAAAAAUAUGAAAUCAAAACAACCAAAGUGUCGCAUGGUUAUUUAGCUAAAUCAACUACUUGUAUACAUUCAGGGAAGAAUAUGGACAUAUUCUCAUGUUACUCUUGUGUAAACUUCCCAAAAUUUUUGAAAUAUUCCUUUUAAAACUAUGCAAUAUCUUUUUAUGACUGCUAUACAAUGUGCAAGCAGAUCAACCAGGGGGAUCUUUUCUUUUGAAUGUUUUUUUUGAGGAUUAGAGCUAAAAACUAAAUUUUCUUAAGUAAAAAAGGGUAAAUAUUUGAGAAAAGUCAUUGAUUGUGUGUGGCAUACAUGUGUUUCUCUCUGUCCUACCUCAUUAACAUGCAGCCCACACAUUUAUCUUGCAACUCCCCGCUUGGGAACCGCAUGCAGACGAUUUGUUCUGAUACAUUUCAGGCCUAAGAUACCGACGUGUUGACCAGGGGGACUUCAACAGCGCUCUAUUCAGCUAAAGGUUUGAAGCUUCUCUCUAGAAUAUUAUGAGCAUUAAUAAAUCAGGAAACAACUAAUCACAAUGUCUGUUUCCCGGUCCGUGUCGAGAAUUAACCCACAAUUUGUGACGCUGGAUUGUUUUGCAGACCAAAAUCUUACAAUUCAUUUCUAUUUCACUCCAAAUGGGACCAUGAUUUACGAGAUGUAACCUCAUGUUGGAUAAAAGACUUCAACCCAGUUUGGAGGCAAUAGAUAUGCUCUCGAUUUUUAACCCUCCUGUCACCUUUAGGGUCAAUUUGACCCCAUUCAACGUUUAACGUCGGUGUUCCUUGGGGUCAAUUUGACCCCAGGCUGUUUUUCACUGUGUCAAACAUAUAAGAAAUAUCAACUUUUUUAAAUAUUUAAAGGGCUAUUUAGGUAGUCAACAAACAAACAUAAAGUACCUCACACUUAAACUUGGGAAACAAUAUUAAUUCUAAUAAUUUUCUGGAGGUUUUAAUUGCUGGGGUCAAAUGGACCCCGAGGGUAAAAUGUGUCAGUAAAUAUAAAGGCAACAGGAGGGUUAAGUGUCAGGUACUUUAUGUUUGUUUGUUGACGACCUAAAUAGCCCUUUAAAUAAAUAAAAAUACACAACCAAAGCCAAUGUUUGUAAAAAGUUGAUAUUUCUUAUAUUUUGUACACAGUCAAAUUGACCCCAAAGAACACCGAUGCGUACAAGUUGUGACAUUGAAAACAUAUCAUCAUGUGAAUUUUGUGUUUACCCAGUUGUCCCCAAUAAAUUAGGAAAAGUCAUGAAAUAUGAAGGAAAAAAAUGAUUUCCAUAAUUUGUUUUAGAGACGUUAAAUAUUAAAUGGGGUCAAAUUGACCCCAAAGGCAACAGGAGGGUUCAACGUAGCGCCUUUAACUCCGCAGAGCAAAAUACACUAAAGAUGAAAUUGCCGGAAAAAAGCGGUUCAUGUCUGUGAACGUCGUGUCAUUGCUGCCUGCUGUGGAUGCCGAGGCAGCAGAAACAUCGGCGUGAAACCAAAGAGUUGCCGGCACAACGGCCCCCGCUGUGUCGCCGGAGCUCCCACCGCCCGGGAGAAGGUCGUGCUUUUUCGUCUCCAUUGUAUUGAUUUCCAUGCCUGAAAUUCUCUCGUUCUCAAGGACGAUAUGAUGGAAGCGACUGGAUGCAAAGGACGGCCCGUUUCCCCUCGGGGGCGUCGGUCGGUUACAGUCGGAGGACAAAGUGUCCAGACUCUCUCUCUGCCUCUUCCAGCUCUUAAUGCUGCGCCAGAUGGCCGAGGGGAGGUUCUCCCCGAGUGACGCGGCCCUCCUCGUCCCUUGGCGGCGUGGAGGUCACCUGACCUCGGGCUCCUGUUUCAGGUGACAGUCGUAAGACGGAUGGGGCAGGGGAUUCUAGGAUGGGUUGUUCCUUUUUCCUUUAACAGACUGAUCCCUUUUCCUCAAGGUCGAGGUGACGGCGUCAGAGGUCACACCCAGAUCGGCGCCAAUUGAAUGAUAUUAAAACGAGGGCGCUGGAGACGAGAUCGCUGAAGUGGCUCCGCCGCCGCCGGCGACACGGGCCUCAUUAAUAUGACGGAUUACCGCGGCGGCGAUGGAAGGUCGUGAGGCUCCGCGGUUUCGGGAUCAGGUCACGGGAUGGAGAAAGCUCGUUGACGGCAUGAGAACUCGUUAGAUGUGAAUACAAAAAUAAACCCAGAUAACACACACUGUCAUUCCUUCCUCAGUGGAAUGAAAACACUCAGCGGGCCGUCAAUGGAAAGACAAAGAGAGAUGAAGGCGAGACGGGGAGGCCGCCUCGGGCUCCUGAUGAAAGAUACCAGAGUUUAGUCAUCGCAGGUUACAGAACGUCAACAACACCUGGGCGCCGCAUUCAGGGCUUCACGAGGCGCGCCGUCCUGCUGCUCCUCUUCUUCACUUUACACUAUCUUCUUUUUUUGGGAUUGUUGAGUUUCUUCUCACAUUUCUUUGUUCAUAUACCGGUUGUUGAGCUUCUAGCAUGGAGCUGCUCCACAUCUCACAGGACAGGAGCUGACGGAGGAUACAAGGUGAGAGUGUGUGUGUGUGUGUGUGUGUGUGAUAAUAUUGUGGUCAGUGUAAAGUAGUUCUGAAACUGGGCACUUCUCAAACAAAUGAUGGAAAACAGGCUUCCGGAUGCGCGUGGAUUAAGUUCUCGACAUUUAAUGGCAGGAAGUGUAAAACAAACAUUCAAGGCUCACGAUGGUGAUUUUCUCCGGCUCCUCCGCCCUCCUUCCGGCGUUGAGAAGAGACCCGAUUUCUUUAAUCCACGGAGUUUUAUACUCAAUGUCCCCGGGCCCGGUCAAAACGUCACUUCCGGUCAAGUCGCUAAACAAGUAUUUUCACAAUAAGAGUCCUGUCUUGUUAUUGUCAGUCACUUGACGGAAUUCAACCGGCCUCGUCAAUCUAUAAUACUAACACAGUCACUCUCAUGUAAUAUACAUUAAUUCUUGCCAUUUACAUUUGCAUAGAGUAAACAUUACCCCUAUGCUUCAUGAUACAUUAAUAACAAUAUCAAUAUUCUCCCUAAUAUUUUCUAUUAUAAUAUCUUUCUAUAUGUAUUAAUUUAAAACAUAAGACCUCUGCAGAUGUUAUCGAAAUAAACUAUUACAACCUAACAGUCAGCCUGUCCUCAGCUAUUGGGUAGAUUGAUAAUAACGUGUUCCCUGACAUCCACUCCACACGUUAGAUUGAUAUUCACGUCUCUAGAGGAGGAUCCAUAAGGACUCUUUUCAUGUGGUGCUAUCAUUAAAACAUACCAGCCGAGAUGAGAAGAAGAAUCCGAUGAACAGUCGACAUGAUCCACGUGAGCAUGCAUGUUAAAACGAGCUACAAGUGGUAAAACCCUAAAUGUAAAGCCACACAAAUAUUCACCCAAACAACUUAGCGAACAAUUUUCCAUUUUUUAUACCGCAUAAUUUUUGCAAAGUGGAGUGUUAUCCAAAGGGUGAUGGGAGAGCGUAGAGGAUACAAAAUGGGAACGGUUCAUCCUCUGGGGAAUACGAAUGCUCGUUACAUCUCAUGGCAUUCUACCUGGACGUUGACGUCUCCUAGAAGAAGAUAUUUUGAAUAUUUCAAACAUCCAGACCGCGUAUAAAAUCUGUUUCUACAUUCAGUUUGAGGUAUCUUGUUCCCUCCGCCUCGACUCUCUGACAUGUGGACCAAUCACACGAGUGCAGAUCUUCCACAUUGUUUUCAUGGCCUACAAAGAGAAGUGGGUCGCCGAGGCCUCCGGCUACUUGGAUACGUCACAAAUUGAAUCCCCGCGAUGAGGGUCCCGUGGUUCUGAUAACGUAGAACAUUCAUCUGGAUUCAGGUAGAAUCGGGAACGGAAGUGAAGUCACUAAUAAUUCAACGUGGACGUUUUGUGUCACGUGGGGAUCAAACCGCGGCCUCCUGAGUGCAGGUGUUAGUGUGACCCUCUAUCCGGCCUCCUGGGGGGUUUUAUACGGUCUUUUAACCUUCUGGGUAAAGAUUACAUACAGAUCUAUUUAGUGGAAUAUCUACUCUUUACGUUUCCAUACGUACACUACCGUUCAAAUGUUUGGGGUCACUUAGAAAUGUCAUUAUUUUUCAAAGAAAAGCACUGUUUUUUCAAUAAAGAUAACAUUAAUCAUAAAUACCCACUAUACAUUGUUAAUGUGGUAAAUGACUAUUCUAGGUGGAAACGUCUGGUUUCUGAUGAAAUAUCUCCAGAGGUGUAUAGAGGCCCAUUUCCAUCAACUAUCACUCCAGUGUUCUAAUGGUACAUUGUGUUUGCUAAUCGCCUUAGAAGACUAAUAUCUGAUUAGAAAACCCUUGUGCAAUUAUGUUAGCACAGCUGAAAACAGUUAUGCUGGUGAUGUAAGCUAUACAACUGGCCUUCCUUUGAGCUUGAAGUUUGAAGAACAAAAUUAAUACUUCAAAUAUGAAUCAUUAUUUCUAACCUUGUCAAUGUCUUGACUACAUUUUAUAUUCAUUUGAUAAAUAAAAGUGCGAUUUUUCAUGGAAGACACGAAAUUGUCUGGGUGAUCCCAAACUUUUGAACGGUAGUGUGUAGAGAACAGCCGGUUGUGUUACCUGUUGUGUGUUUUCUCUGAACUUGGGGUGGAGACAUGAAUUAAACAUGAUGUUCGUCUGUCAGGUUGCCCGAGGCCCGCGGUGGAACUACGCCGGGUCUAUUCACUCCGCCGCUCUUCAUUAUUAACAAGUGCGUACAUGUUUGAUUGGGCUAUGCAGGGGUGUAAAAACAACAUGGAUUCAUCGUAAUGCAUUCGUCUGAGUUUGAUAAGGAUCCAUAAAAAGGGAUUCAUAUUGCAUUGCGGUGUUUCUUCUCAUGGAUUGGCUGCUGUCUGUAGUCUGUGAUGUGUUUCAGUUUCCCUCCUUCAACCUGCAGAACCGGAGCGGAGCGGUCGUGGGUUCAAGUUUUGAACUGGAAGGUCGAAGAAAUGUCUUUCGUUUUACUGACUUAUUCAAUUUAGUACAUUUUUUUGAAAUAUAACACAUUUUGGGGAAAUAAAAUCGGAAUUAAUUAAUCCAAUUGAAUUGUUUGAAAGAUGCAGAACUGCUUACACAAGCGGAAUGGAUUACGAUACACGAGCUUCAGUGUUUUAUGUUCUCGAAGAGGAAAUGAAGUUUGUUUAAUAAUGAAUUUUAAAAAACCAAUAUCCCUUUUUAGAGAAACUGCCACAUCACAAAACAUUUGCAUUUCGCACAAGUUAAUGAAUUUAUCCAUUUUCAGCAAGAGGAGAUACAAAUGCGCAGUGACCUUUAACCUCUCGCCAUUCACAGCAAGGUCAGCGAUGAAGCGCGUCGGGUCGUCCCCUCCCUCUCAUCGCGGUGGAACCACAGCUGGAGACGUUGCUCCAUUUCUUUCAACACAACAUAUUUCGAUCAUCCACAUCCAGCUUCUUGCUUUUCAUCCCAGAUUUUUUUUUGCACGUGUUUAAUUAUGCAGCGACAUCCACCGAUGUAUGCGUUUUUUUGCGUUUCCCUGACACGAUAACAGACGUGAAAGUGGUGAAGAAAUUAAUUGUCCGCUAUCUUUUUAAUUAAACUCGUCUUCUUUUUAUUGUUCUUAUCUCGGCCAUGAAGAGCUCCCUGUGUGCCACCGUCAGCCUGUUCUGAUCGCCGCGCUUCAGACGGAGCGAGCCUCUUUAAUUGCAUAUGCAUGACCCGUUGUCUGGAGGCGGUCACUGUGUCAAUACAUUAUACCAAAGGCCAAGACCGCUAUCUAGAAUAUUAAUCAUCAUUCUGCCACGGUGCGGCUGUUUGGGCUUCAUGAUACAUCCUGGCGGAGGCAAUUACAUCGUUCAUGCUGGAACCCACACUUCUAUUUUAGUAUUAAAAUUGUUACAUUUCAUAGAAAAUAAAUCAUCUCGCAAACUGUGUGACGCUAUUUGAUGGAAAGAAAGUCCAAGUAACACAUUGUAUGAUAUGGAUGUAAUUUUCACACUGUGAUAACAAUGUAUACUAAUGCAUUACUUUAAUUAAUUUUCUGGAGAAUAAAAGUCAAGGAACUGCAUCACAUUGAGGCAAAACCCAUAUUAAAAAGCUGAUUAAGCCGUGACAGCGAGCUGCUCAUUGAUUUGAAACAGUUCCCGUAAUGUCCCGCGACAACCACAGAUAUUAAAUGGAGAUUUACUGUGAUAAAAACUGUCUGACAAAAUCUCCAACCAUCGGCUAUUUCUAGAAAUCUGACGGGAUACAUCGAGAUAUCGUCCAGCUCUGAGGGACUCAUGCGAGGAAUAAUACGGGAGGUCAGUUACAAACCUUUGAGGAUCAAGACCCAUAUUUUGAGAAACAGAACACUAUAUAAUUAGUCCAUGCAGCUGAAGGCACCAGUCACCAUUUUGUUCAUUUUAAUGUGUCCUGUUACCUUCAUAUUAACAUCUUUUACCCGUGGGUUCAAUUUGACCCCAGCAAUUAAAACCUCCAGAAAAUUAUGAGAAUUUAUAUUGUUUCCCAAGUUUAACCCUCCCGUUACCUUUAGGGUCAAUUUGACCCCAGGCUGUUUUUCACUGUGUCAAACAUAUAAGAAAUAUCAACUUUUUUUAUAUAUUUAAAGGGCUAUUUAGGUAGUCAACAAACAAACAUAAAGUACCUCACACUUAAACUUGGGAAACAAUAUUAAUUCAAAUAAUUUUCUGGAGGUUUUAAUUGCUGGGGUCAAAUUGACCCCGAGGGUAAAAUAUGUUAGUAAAUGUGAAGGUAACAGGAGGGUUAAGUGUCAGGUACUUUAUGUUUGUUUGUUUGUUGACUACCUAAAUUGCCCUUUAAAUAAAUAAAAAUACACAACCAAAACCAA